GGCAACGGCGAGGCGCGGGGCGGGGGCGCCCCGCGGACCCCACGACCCGGAGCAAGCGGGCGCCGGGAGCGGACAGUCCCACCAGAGGAGGCGGGGGCGGCGGCGGCUGCGCUCGGGCGUCCAGCGAGCAGCGCUCCAUGCCUGUGUGGUGCUGCCGCUGCUCCCUGGCUGGUCAUUUCAGGAACUAUAGUGACUCUGAAACCGAAGGAGACAUUUUUAAUUCUUUAGUGCAAUAUUUUGGUGAUAGUUUGGGGCGAAAAGUUAAAGGGAUGCCAUUAGUUGAGGAAACUUCUUUACUGGAAGAUUCAUCAGUGACUUUGCCUGUGGUAAUAAUAGGAAAUGGACCCUCAGGGAUAUGCCUUUCUUACAUGUUAUCAGGCUACAGACCAUAUUUAUCAUCAGAAGCAAUACAUCCAAAUACAAUCUUACAUGGUAAAUUAGAAGAAGCAAGACAUCUUUCCAUCGUUGAUCAGGAUUUAGAAUACUUGUGUGAAGGUCUUGAGGGCCGAUCAUCCAAUCCAGUUGCAGUACUUUUUGACACACUACUUCAUCCAGAUGCUGACUUCGGGUAUGAUUAUCCAUCUGUUUUGCAUUGGAAAUUAGAACAACAUCAUUAUAUCCCGCACAUAGUUCUUGGUAAAGGUCCUCCUGGUGGGGCUUGGCAUAAUAUGGAAGGCUCCAUGUUGACAAUCAGCUUUGGAAAUUGGAUGGAGCUACCUGGACUUAAAUUUAAGGAUUGGGUGUCUAGCAAACGAAGGAACCUAAAAGGGGAUCGAGUCAUGCCAGAGGAAAUAGCUCGCUACUAUAAACAUUAUGUAAAUGUCAUGGGUCUUCAGAAGAAUUUCAGAGAGAAUACGUACAUAACCUCUGUGUCAAGACUCUACAGAGACCAGGAUGAUAAUGAUGGUCAAGACAGAGCUAUUUCAACAAAGCAUUUACAGAUAGAGAAGUCAAAAUUCGUCAAGAGAAACUGGGAAAUCAGGGGUUAUCAGCGAACAGCUGAUGAUUCUCAUGUUCCCUUUUGCCUCUUUGCUGAGAAUGUAGCUCUGGCAACUGGAACAUUGGAUUCUCCUGCCCAUUUGGAAGUUGAAGGGGAAGAUUUCCCUUUUGUGUUUCAUUCAAUGCCUGAAUUUGGAGCUGCUGUAAACAGAGGAAGGUUGCAUGGCAAAGUGGAUCCAGUGUUAAUUGUAGGUUCAGGGCUUACUGCAGCUGAUGCAGUACUGUGUGCUUACAACAGUAAUAUCCCUGUGAUCCAUGCAUUUCGCAGGCGAGUAACUGAUCCAAGCUUAAUUUUCAAACAGCUUCCCAAAAAGCUUUACCCUGAAUACCAUAAAGUCUAUCAUAUGAUGUGUACUCAGUUAUAUUCUGUAGACUCGAAUUUAUCUGACUAUACCAGUUUUCCUGAGCACCAUGUGCUUUCCUUUAAGUCGGACAUGAAAUGCAUUCUUCAGAGUGUCUCUGGAUUGAAGAAAAUAUUUAAGCUUUCUGCAGCAGUAGUACUGAUAGGUUCUCAUCCAAAUCUAUCUUUUCUGAAGGAGCAAGGUUGUUACCUAGGCCAUAACUCAAGCCAGCCAAUUACAUGUAAGGGUAAUCCUGUGGAAAUAGAUGCAUAUACCUAUGAGUGUGUUAAAGAAGCCAACCUUUUUGCCUUGGGUCCUUUGGUCGGGGACAAUUUUGUUAGAUUUUUAAAGGGAGGGGCACUGGGUGUUACACGCUGUUUAGCUACAAGACAGAAGAAAAAGCAGCGUUUAUUUGUUGAAAGAGGAGGAGGAGAUGGCGUAGCUUAAAGCAAGCGUGCAAGUAAUUUAUAUGGACAGUUUACCAUUAAAGAUUUUUAAUAUAGUGGUUUUGCAGUGUACUUGCUUGAAUUUUCUGGACCUGAAUUGCGUGGAGGAGAGCCACAAGCUCUAGUAAUCAUUUUUUAAAGUUACAAGAACUUGGUGUCCUAUUUAUACUGUAAUGAAUCAAAGGUGUCGAUGUCAGACAGAAACACUGCCAAGUUGCCUGGUAUACAUUAUGUUCUCACUUAACUAAAACAUGCAUUUCUUUAAGACUUACUUUUGAUGAUUUUUGGUUAUUUCUUAUGUUUGAUUCUAAAAUAUUACAGCCUUGAAUCUAUAAAACCACACAGUCAUUAGGCCAGAAACUGUCCUAUUUGAUAUUGGGUCACUUGCUGGUUAAAGGGUGGUUGAAGGACCAGCAGCAUCAGCUUCACCUGUAGCUUGUUAGAAAUGCAGACUUUCAGGUCCCACAACAGAGUUACUGAAUCAGAAUCUGCAUUUUAACAAGAUCUCCAAGUGGUUUGUAUGCAUCUUAAAGUUUGAGACACACCGACCUAAAAGAAAAUGGUAGAUAAAGUAUGUAUGCUGGGGGUGGGAUAGGGAUUGGGGGCACUUAAUACUCAGGUUUUAUUUAUUUUGAAAUUAUCAACUGUAUACAUCUAAUUUAUUACCAGAUAUGAUGGUCUUUAAAAAAAAAGAUUUUUAUUGGUGAAACCUUGACAGAAGCUUCAUAUUAUUAGCUUCUAAUAAUUUGAACAGUCCAAUAAUGUUGGGAUAUACUUGGAUAUCAAAGAACCAGCCAAGAAAUUUUUUGGACAUCUGUUCUCUUCUUAGCCACUAUAACACUUAAUUACUCCGAUUUGCAAUUCAAUAAGUUGCUGAUGGAACUACUUAUCCCUGUGUGAAUAAUGAGUUAAUUUCUAUCACUGAACCUGGACAUGGUAAAUACUAAUAAUACCAUAAUGCUGUUAUGAUAUUGCCAGAGUUACUGAAGGUUAAAAUUGAAAAUAAAGUUAAAAUCUGUCUCUUUAUUCCCAAUGUCAUUAUUACUUUGAAAUCGCUAACCUGGAUGUUUUGCUCAUUGGAGAUGAUAAAGCAAGUCAUACUAUGGUUGUUAUUUACUGAAUUUAUCUGCUCUAAUUAUCUUUGAUUUAUUUAGACGUGCUUAAUCUCUGUAUUUUCACACAAAUUCCCAGAAUUUUUAGUGUUAAACAAGCAAAAAAAAUCUGAAGUUCUCCCUGGCAAAUUGAAUUUCUCAGUCUUUUUCUUUGGUGAAAUUUAUUUUUUCUGGAAUGUGUUCGUUGAACAUCUAAUUCUGUUUUUCUUAGAAUUAAAAGAAGUGGACCAAAUUGUCAUUAUUUUUCUAUUUUAUUGCAAUGUUAUGUGCUUGGUUUACUAGAGAUCAUAACUUAAAUAUAGUUGUUGAGAAUAUAUUUGCUUCUGCCAACUAGCUGCUUCAGAUGAAUUCUUAGACUCUUGAUAAUUGUCAUGCCUGAUUAAGUUCAACUUGAUGUUACUAUGUAAUUCAGUGUUAGUUUCCUAUUAUGAUAACUGCUUUCAAACUAAUUUCACACCUUGUUGAAAUAAUGGUAUAACAUCCUCUGACUGUACUUGAUUCAGUAUUCUUGUUUGCCUGUUUUUUUUAAGGUCUAAAUGAGUUGGAUUAGGUGUUUUUCUUAAUGUCACUUCUAACUUGAAAAUGAUGACUAUUAUAAAGAUGAACUCGGGGGGAGGAUAGACCUGUUGUCAUCCCCUUGUGUCUCGAAAGCCUGUUUUUACUCAGCUGAUACCAUUUUUGUGAUGAGACUAUGCACAAAAAAUGACUUCAGGGAAAAUGAAGCUUCAGUAGGCCCCUAGGUGAACCUGGUGAAUAAUUUCAUCUUUGGAACCUUCCAUGUCCCUCAGACUCAGCUGCGCUGUUGCAUGUAACAUUCAAGCCUUUUCUCUGCUAUACUUUACCCCUGUACUUCAAAACUACCCUUCCUUAAUUACUAUCCCAUAAUAACAAAUCUUCCCUUGUUCUUCAGUAUCAAUUAGCUAUUUGGGGAGGGAGGAGAAUGUGUCACUAAAUGUUUGACUAGUUAGCCAUACCAUGAUGUGGGCAUCUCCCCUUCCCCCCACAACAACUUAAUCUCUCAAAGCCUAGUAGGGUAUCUGGCACAGUCCUUAGUAGUUAUUAAAAGAAUGUUUACAAAGCAGAAUCAAUUUGGGGUUUUUACAAUGAUGUAAUAAAAAUAAGAUUUAGUCACCUCUAUCAGUAUUUUGGAGCCCUGGUGGUGCAGUGGUUAAGAGCUAUGGCUGCUAACCGAAAGGUUCACAGUUCAAAUUCACCAGCUUCUCCUUGGAAACCCUCUGGGCAGUUCAGCUGUGUCUUACAGGCUUGCUAUGAGUCGGAAUCCACAGCAACAGGUUUGGUUUUUUUGUAUCAGUAUUUUACACACAGUAUCUGUGAAUAUGAAUGUUUGUUUUUUGAAAACUUGAGAGGCUUUACCAUGUAAAUAUGUUUUAAAAAGCAUCACAUUUUAACAGACUAAGAAAACUGAAAGUUGUUUUAAAAUGUUACGUAGUUGCUGGAGGUGAAAAAAAUCUUAAUAAACCUUGCUGUUGAAAAGUUAAGUCCCAGCCUUUCUGCAACACUGUGGCAUCCAGAAUGAAACAAUUUAGAUUGAAAAAGUUUAACUUGGGUACAAAGACUUGCAUAAAGCUAUUUUGAUCAAAUUUGAUCACAAUCUUUAAAAAACUCAAUUGGAUACAUUUCUAGGGGGAAAAAAAGAGCCAGGGCCCUUGAAACUAGCCUGAAAAGAGUAUGUGGAAUAAGGAUAGAGCAGAUAUUUUGCUGCUCCUGAAUUACUCCACCUUCCAGGAUAUAUAAGAAAAAUUCUGUCUUUGGGAAAGGAGCAAGACAAAAAGAUUAAUGAUAAGCCACAAAAAGAACUAAUAAUAACCUUCAAAUUAAAGAUUAAAAGGAUUGACUCGAUUCAAAUCAUGAUGAAGUAAUGAGAAUUGGACUUAAGCUUCACUGUAAUCAGGUAUAAAAGUAAGAAAUACGUGUGAAAACACCAUGGGGAUGGUGUCUGACCUCUAACUUCGCAAGGGGGAAGGACAAAAUCAGUAGCCCAAGGCUGAUUCCUAAAAGGUGGAGGUCAGACAUGCCUCCUCUUUCCACCAUCUUUACAGAUUUCUGGCACAAACCAUCCCUCCCAUGGUGCUGUCUACUCUGCUGGGUUUGAUAAUUCAUCAUAAUCGCCACGCAGAACUCACAGACAAUACGA